AUGGCCGCGCCGCCGGGCUCCCCGCUCCUCUGGGUCCUCCUGGCCCUCUGCGCCGCGCAGCCGGAGACCCCCGGCUCCCGUGGGACGGGGCUCAGCCUGCACCCGCCGUACUUCAACCUGGCCGCAGCGGCCAGCAUCUGGGCGACGGCCACCUGCGGGGAGGCGGCGGGCGGCGGCGGGCGGCCGGAGCUGUACUGCAAGCUGGUGGGGGGGCCGGCCGCCGCCCCCCUGGGGCGCGCCAUCCAGGGACAGUUUUGUGAUUAUUGCAAUGCUGCUGAUCCCAGUAAAGCUCACCCGGUAACCAAUGCAAUUGAUGGCACAGAGCGCUGGUGGCAAAGUCCUCCUCUUUCUAUGGGCUUGAAGUACAACGAGGUCAAUGUUACUUUAGAGCUGGGACAGCUCUUCCAUGUUGCCUAUAUUCUUAUCAAGUUUGCAAAUUCUCCUCGUCCAGAUCUCUGGAUCUUAGAAAGAUCAGUGGAUUUUGGAAGAACUUACACUCCCUGGCAAUAUUUUGCUCACUCCAAAGCAGAUUGCUUGGAACGCUUUGGAAAGGAAGCUAAUCUUCCAGUGAGGAGGGAUAGCGAUGUCCUUUGCACCACAGAGUAUUCUCGCAUUCUGCCUCUUGAAAAUGGAGAGAUUGUAGUAUCUUUGGUAAAUGGUCGCCCAGGAGCAAAAAACUUCACUUACUCCCCUAGUCUUCGAGAAUUCACAAAAGCAACAAAUAUCCGCCUUCAUUUUCUCAGAACUAAUACGCUUCUUGGACACUUGAUAUCAAAAGCUCAACGAGACCCCACUGUAACCCGUAGAUAUUACUACAGUAUAAAGGACAUCAGUAUUGGUGGUCGAUGUGUUUGCCAUGGUCAUGCUGAAGUAUGUAAUGCAAAGAGAGGUGAAAACCAAUACCAGUUUCAGUGCAAAUGUCAGCAUAACACUUGUGGGGAAACCUGUGAUCACUGCUGCCCUGGAUAUAAUCAGAAACAGUGGCAACCUGCAACAGCUGGGAGCACAAACAUAUGUGAACCCUGCAAUUGCCAUGGACAUGCCACUGAUUGCUACUAUGAUGCUGAUGUUGAUCAGCGCCGAGAAAGCUUAAACAUCCAUGGGUAUUAUGAAGGUGGAGGAGUCUGCAUUAACUGCCAGCAUAACACAGCUGGUAUUAACUGUGAGAAGUGUGCAAAGGGUUACUAUCGUCCUUACGGUGUUUCAGCAGGAGCUCCUGAUGGCUGUAUACCCUGCAGUUGUAACUCGGAGCGUGCAGAGGGCUGUGAGGAAGGGUCUGGCCGCUGCUUCUGUAAGCAGAAUUUCCAGGGAGAAAGCUGUGAACGCUGUGCUGCUGGAUUCUAUGGUUAUCCAUUUUGUGUGCAUACUCCUGUAUAUCCUUUUACUUCUCCAAAUCCAAGAGAUGCUGUGGCUGGUGACAUAAUAGAAGGUGGCUGCAAACCAGGGUAUUUUGGCCCCCAGUGUCUGCCGUGCCAGUGCCACGGCACAGGAGUGCUGGGUGGUGACUGCGAUGGAAAUACCGGACAGUGCAGAUGUCGAACUGGAUUUUGGGGUUUUUCCUGCGAUGCCUGUGCAGCUGGGUAUUUUCAUUACCCCUUCUGCCAGGUGUGCGAAUGUAACUUGGCGGGUACCCAGCCCGAAGUCUGCGAUUUUCUUGGGAGAUGCCUUUGUCGCUCAGGGGUGGCUGGACUUCAGUGUGACAGCUGUCAGCCAGGCCACCACUCAUUCCCUGCCUGUCCAGAAUGUAACUGUGAUGCUGUUGGCUCAGUGGAGAAUACAUGUGGUCCUGGAGGUCAGUGUCUGUGCCAUAGUAACUACGCUGGACUUAGAUGUGACCAGUGCGCUCCAGGUUAUUACAGCUAUCCCAGCUGCUUGCGUGUCAACAGUGAAUGUGACCCUUCAGGCAGCAUUGGCUCUCAUUCUGGCUAUUGUCAAUGCCUUCAGCAUGUUGAAGGUCCUACCUGUAGUAAAUGCAAACGACUGUACUGGAACCUGGCCAAAGAAAACCCUGAGGGAUGUACAGCAUGUCAGUGCGAUGUGAGUGGAACACUAAGUGGAGUCGGAGAAUGUCAGCAGGAAAAUGGCCAUUGUUACUGCAAACCUAAUGUUUGUGGAGAUUCCUGUGACACUUGUGAAGCUGGCUAUUAUGCUCUUGAAAACAAGAAUUAUUUUGGCUGCCAAGGCUGCCAGUGUGAUGUUGGGGGAUCCCUCAGCCCGAUGUGUGCCGGGCCCUUGGGUGGCUGCCAGUGCAGGGUGCACGUCGUAGGGACGGCCUGUCAGGAGCCUGAAAAAAACUACUUUUUCCCUGAUCUGCACCACAUGAAGUUUGAGAUUGAAGAUGGUAUUACUGUCAAUGGAAAGGAAAUUCGGUUUGGCUAUGAUCCUCAGGAAUUUCCUAGCUUCAGUUGGAGAGGGUAUGCGCAGAUGUCCUCUAUACAAAAUGAAGUGAGGAUAACUUUGAAUGUGGAAAAAUCAAACCACUACUUAUUUCGCAUUAUCCUGAGGUAUAUUAACCCUGGAGGUGAAAUAUUAUCUGGUCGCAUAUCUGCUUGUCAAUCUCAGCCUGAAACAGGGGCUGCUCAGAGCAAAGAGUUUGUCUUCUCACCCAGUAAGGAGCCAGCUUUUGUCACAGUCCCAGGAAAAAGCUCCACAGAGCCUUUCUCACUGGUUCCAGGCACAUGGACCAUCAGUAUAAUGGCAGAGGGGGUCUUUUUGGAUUAUAUGGUGCUGUUACCUCGUGAUUACUACGAAGCAUCCAUCUUGCAGAUACAAGUUACAGAGCCUUGCACCUACUCAGGAUAUGCUUCAACAGAACACUGCUUGCUUUAUCAGCAUUUGCCAUUGGGCACAUUUUCCUGUGUCCUUGGUUCAGAGGCAGUGUAUUUGAGACAUGGGGGAGAAUACAGAAGAAUACCUGUGCGACAGCCAACUCCUGAUCAACCGCUGAUGACCCAUAUCAGUGGAAGAGAGGUCAAUUUACAGAUGAUCAUAAAUGUUCCUCAAGUCGGUCGCUAUGUUCUGAUUUUUGAAUAUGCCAAUGAAGAGGAUCAGUUAUAUACUGCUGAGGUAAUGAUACAUAGCCCUGGACCUGUCACUGAAGGCAGAGUAAGAAUAUAUAGUUGUAAAUACAGUUUCCUUUGUCGCAGUGUUGUAGUUGAUGACAGGAAUCGCAUUGCAGCCUAUGACCUUCUGUCAGAUACAACGAUACAUAUUAAGGCAUCAUCAAUUAAUUUUCUUCUGCACAAGGUUUGCAUUGUAUCAGCUGAAGAAUUUUCUCCAGAAUAUGUGGAUCCUAAAGUACAGUGCAUAGCUGCUUACAAGAGUACCCGUGAUGGAAGUGCAACAUGCAUUCCUUCAGUGUACGAAACUCCACCAGCAGCUUUGGUUUUGGAUGCAUUCAAGGAUGGGAAAAUUUCUGAAGUACCGAGAAAUAUACUCUAUGAUCCACUGAGUGUCCCUUUACCUUCUGACUCAAUUAAUGGAGUCACCUUGACACCAUUACAGAACCAGAUUACCUUGAGUGGCAGAGUGCCCCACUUGGGCAGAUAUGUAUUUGUGGUACAUUUUUAUCAGCCAGCAUACCCAGUGUUCCCUGUGCAAGUGCGUGUGGAUGCGGGACGUGUGUGGUCAGGUUCCUUCAGUGCUUCGUUCUGUCCUCAUAUAUCUGGCUGUCGGGAGCAGGUGAUUGCAGAAAACCAAAUUGAGCUUGAAAUUUCUGAACCCAAAGUCUCUGUUACAGUGACGAUACCUGAUGGAAGAAUGCUGGUUCUGGAAAAUGUCUUAGUUGUUCCAGCAGACAUCUACAGUUAUAAAAUUCUUGACAAAAAGACAGUGGACAAGUCAUUUGAUUUUAUCAGCCAAUGUGGAGGAAACAGUUUCUAUAUUGACCCAGAAGAAUCGUCGGCCUUCUGUAAGGACUCUGUAAGGUCGCUAGUGGCUUUCUACAACAAUGGAGCCCUGCCAUGUAAUUGCCAUAGCGCAGGUGCCACGAGCCCUACUUGCAGCCCCCUGGGAGGACAGUGUAUUUGCAGACCUAAUGUCAUCGGUCGUCAGUGCAGCCGAUGCCAAACUGGCUAUUAUGGAUUCCCAUUCUGCAAGUUAUGCAACUGCGGGCAGCGUCUUUGUGAUGACGUGACUGGGAAAUGUAUUUGCCCUCCGCGAACUGUGAAACCAAAAUGUGAAGUGUGUGAGAAACAUUACUUCAGCUAUCACCCUCUUGCUGGCUGCGAGAGCUGCAACUGUUCAGAAAGAGGAGUUGUUAAUGUGGCAAACCCAGAAUGUGAAAAAGCUAACGGGCAAUGCAAAUGCAAACCGGGAAUAAAAGGACGACAGUGUGAUCAGUGUGCUCCUGGUACUUACGGUUUCCCACACUGUGUGCCGUGUAACUGUAACAGAGCUGGAACAGAACCAGAUGUUUGCGAUCCCCAGACAGGAAUUUGUCACUGCAAGGAGAAUACUGAAGGUGCAGAAUGUGACACUUGUCGACCAGGAUCCUUUUAUCUGGACCCUUCUAAUCCCAGGGGAUGCACCUCUUGCUUUUGUUUUGGGGCAACCAGCAGCUGUCGCAGCACAAAUCGUCGUAGAACCAAGUUUGUGGACAUGAGGAACUGGCGCUUGGAGGCAGUGGAUGAAAAUAUUGACAUUCCAGUCACGUUCAAUCCAGUCAGUAAUAGUGUAGUGGCUGAUGUUCAAGAGUUGCCUGCUUCAGUGCAUAGUUUGUACUGGAAAGCACCACCGGCUUACCUGGGAGAGAAGCUUUCUUCAUAUGGUGGCUUCCUAAGUUACCAAGUGAAAUCUUUUGGCUUACCUAGUGAGGGCAUGGUUCUUCUGGAUAAGAGACCUGAUAUACAGCUAACAGGCCAGCAAAUGAAAGUUGUUUAUAUGGAUCCCAACAACCCACUGCCUGACCGUCAAUAUUAUGGCCGUGUGCAGCUAGUUGAGGGAAACUUCAGGCAUGCCAGCAGCAAUAACCUUGUGUCCAGAGAAGAACUGAUGAUAAUCCUGUCUAGACUGGAUGGCUUACACAUCAGAGGCCUUUACUUCACGGAGACUCAGCGAUUAACCCUUGGUGAGGUUGGGCUGGAAGAAGCCACCAGUACAGGAAGCGGCAGCAUUGCCUACAGUGUAGAGACAUGCUCCUGCCCUCCGCAGUAUGCUGGUGACUCAUGUCAGGAAUGUGGCCUUGGAUUUUACCGUGAAAAUAAAGGAUUAUUUACUGGACGCUGUGUUCCCUGCAACUGCAACGGAAAUUCAAAUAGGUGUCAAGAUGGUACUGGAAAAUGCAUUAACUGUCAGUAUAAUACUGCUGGGGAGAAAUGUGAGCGCUGUGAAGAUGGUUAUUUUGGAGAUGCCACUGAAGGCUCCUGCCGGGUGUGUCCUUGCCCCUAUACAAACAGAUUUGCAACUGGUUGUGUCACAAACGGUGAAGAAAUACAGUGUCUCUGCAAAGAAGGCUAUACUGGAAUUCGUUGUGAACGAUGUGCUCCAGGAUAUUUCGGAAAUCCACAGAAAUAUGGAGGCUACUGUCAGAAAUGUAAUUGUAAUAAUAAUGGACAGCUGGCUAGCUGUGACCACCUGACUGGAGAAUGUUUCAAUAAUGAACCAAAAGAUGUGGAUCCCAAUGAAGAUUGUGACUCUUGUGAUAGCUGUGUAAUUACACUGCUGAAGGAUUUGAGCACAAUAGGUGACGAGCUUCAGCUGAUUAAGUCUCAACUGCAAAAUGUCCAUGCGGGUACCCACACACUGGAGCAGAUGAGACGUCUUGAAACACGCAUCCAAGACUUAAAGGUCUUAUUGAAGAAUUACCAUUCUGUUGUUCGUAAUCAAGGUUCAAAGGUAGAUGAGUUGGAGACAGAAUUCAUUAACCUAAAUCAUGAAGUAAAUACUCUCCAGGAAAAGGCUGAAAUGAACUACAAAGCAGCAGAGAGAUUAUUUAAUAAUUUCGGCCAAACUCAUCAGAAAGGAAAGAAUUUGGUUUCACACAUACAAAUAGUUGUCAACAAUAUACAAGUGCUCUUGGAACAAAUAGCUGGUACAAAUGUAGAAGGUAACAACUUGCCCUUGGGAGAUGCUGCCAAAGAACUGGCUGAAGCUCAACGCAUGAUGACAGAGAUGCGAAACCGCAAUUUUGGCCAACUUCAAGCAGAGGCAGAGAAGGAGCGAACAGAAGCUCAGCUGUUACUGGCACGUAUUAAGAAUGAACUACAAAAGUACCACCAGGAAAAUCAUGGGCUUAUUAAAAGUGUGAGGGAUUCAUUGAAUGAAUAUGAAUCCAAAAUCACUGACCUUCGUGAAGCUCUGAAUGAGGCGACGGGACAAAUCAAGCAGGCUGAAAACUUAAACAGAGAUAAUGGAGUCCUGUUGGAAGACAUCAAGAAACAGAUUGAGGAGACAAAUGUACAACAGAACGGUAUCUUGGAUAUUCUGAACUCUGCCCGGUCUUCCCUGACACAAGCUAAUAGUGUACUUGGAUUAUUGCAAAAGAGCAAAGAGGAAUAUGAAAGCCUGGCUGCUCAGCUGGAUGGAGCAAGGAAAGAUAUGAAUGAAAAGCUGACAAAUCACUCCUUAUCAGCAAGCAAAGAACCGUUGGUGGUGAGGGCUGAAGAACACGCCAAAUCUUUGCAAGACUUGGCAAAACAGCUGGAAGAAAUAAAGAACAGUGCCAGGAAGGACGAGUUGGUAGGCUGUGCUGUGGAAGCUUCUACUGCCUAUGACAACAUUAUUAACGCCAUGAAAGCGGCAGAGGAAGCAGCCAGCAAAGCUGGGAAUGCAGCUGACUCAGCUUUAUCGACUGUGAAGAGAGAAGAUCUAUCAGGAAAAGCUGCAAGGUUAAAAACUGAGAGCAGUACUCUCUUGAAUCAAGCACAGGAGACUGAAAAGACAUUGCAAGCUAUUGGUCCAACCCUUGGAGACAUAAAGCAAAGACUUGAUGUCACUGAUGGAAAGAAGAAUACACUGCAAAUUGAUCUUGUCACUCUUCAGAAUAAUCUCAAUGGGAUAAACAGAGAUGAUAUCGACAGCAUCAUUACCAAUGCAAAGGACAUGGUAAAAAAUGCCAAGGAUGUCACAACUAAUGUAUUGGAUGAACUGCUCCCAAUGCAAGCAGAUGUGGAAAAAAUGAAGAGUACCUAUGGAAGCGUACAGAGUGCUGGCUUCAGUAAAGCACUGAUGGAGGCAAACAAUUCAGUAAAAAAAUUGACAAACAAACUUCCAGAUCUGUUCAGCAAGAUCGAAAGUAUCAACCAACAGCUGAUGCCACUAAGCAACAUCUCUGAGAAUGUAAAUCGCAUAAGAGAGCUGAUUCAGCAGGCAAGAGAUGCUGCAAAUAAGGUUGCUAUUCCUAUGAGGUUCAAUGGCAGCUCUGGUGUAGAGGUUCGACCUCCAAGCAACCUUGAAGAUCUGAAAGGCUAUACUUCACUUUCUUUCUUUCUCCAAAGACCUCAGAGAAGAUUAGACACCCCCCAGAGGGCAUCAAAUAAGUUUGUACUGUACCUGGGUAACAAAGAUGCUUCCAAGGACUAUAUUGGUAUGGCUGUGAAAGAUGGUCACCUUACUUGUGUUUAUAACCUGGGAGAUGGCGAUGUAGAAAUAGAUGUGCAGUCAUUAGUGACUCAAAGCGAAACUGAGGAAGCUGUUAUGGAUCAAGUUAAGUUUGAAAGGAUUUACCAGUAUGUAAAGCUGAAUUACAUCAAAGCAGCAACAUCAACUUCUCCAGAGUAUGAAAGCCCUUUGACUGCAAGCAGUGGAGGCAGUGACACUCUCUUAAACCUUGAUCCCAGCACUGUUGUCUUUUAUGUUGGAGGAUACCCACCAGAUUUUAGGCCUCCACGUAAGCUAGACUAUCCUCAUUAUGAAGGCUGCAUUGAAUUAGACAACCUAAAUGAGCAUAUUAUCAGCCUUUACAACUUCAAGAGGACUUUUAAUCUCAAUACCACUGAAGUGCAACCCUGCAGAAGGUAUAAAGAAGAGACUGACCAAAGCUAUUUUGAAGGCACUGGUUAUGCCAGUGUCACACUGAAAGAACCAAAUACCCUCAGCGGGGUACGCUAUGAGCAGACAAUUGAGACUACUGCAGAUGAAGGCAUCGUGUUUUUUGCAGCAAAUGGGGAUCAGUUCAUCAGCGUGCUCAUUAAAGAUGGUCAUACUGUUUUUAGAUACAAAGUUGGCUCUGAGCCUCCAAAAGAAAUAGAAACCAAUACAACUGUAAAUGAUGGAACAUAUAAACAGAUUCAUUUGGUGCUUGCCCGAAGUAAGAAUACUGUUCACGUUAGUCCUGAUAUUAAAGCCAACAUAAAAGUCUUCCUUUUCACUAAGUACUACUUAGGUGGAAUUCCACCUACUCUACGGGAACGCUUUAAUAUAUCCACACUUCCAUUCCGGGGCUGCAUGAAGAAUGUGAAAAACCCUAACACUGCAUCUGUUAUUUUUGACGAGACUGUUGGUGUCAGCAAGAAAUGUUCAGAUGACUGGAAGCUCGUUAGAUCUGCAGCUUUCUCCAAGAAGGGAACACUGAGUCUGAGUGCGGCAGGUUUCCCAUUUCCCAAGGAUUUCCAAGUUGGCUUUGGCUUUCAGACCAUGUCAUCGACUGGAACACUCUUAAAUUACAAUCUAUGGCCUAAUAUUCUUACCAUCUUUCUGAGACCUGGCUCUGUAGUUGCAAAGAUGAUAGAGAAGGAAAUCGAACUGAAAAAGAAAUACGAAGAUGGGUCAAUGCAUUAUGUGACAGUAAUAAAAACAGACAACACAGUACAUCUACUGGUUGAUGAUGAGUCGGUAACAGCAUCAGUUGACCCUCUCAGAGCACAGGCAUUAAAUGAACCUAUAAAAUUUGGUGGAGAUAAUUUUGAAGGCUGCAUUUCAAACAUCUUUAUAAAAAGGUCAGGACAGCUCCCUGAGGUUCAAAAUCUUGUUAAUUAUACUGCAAAGACUGGUGUAUUCCUUGGAGUGUGCCGCAAAUACAGGAACCUGGAACCAAUGCUGCUGAAGGAAUUUAAAAAUCCUCUCAGGCUUAAGGUGCUCAAGGUACAGAAUGAAAAAUACCUUGAGUAUUUGAAAACCACUAAUGUGCAAAACCAGCAAAAACACAACUUACCAACCCAGCUAAAUGUCAGCAGUGAAGCGUAUCUCCUUGGAAACAUCCCCAACAGUUUCAUAUCCUAUAUGUUUUCUCCACCGUCAUCUACAGACAGGUUACUUUUUUCUGUAGAUGUACGGACUCGAUCAUCAAGAGGAUUAAUAGUUUACAUGGAGGAAAGAUCUGAGGGCUCUUAUAUGGCUCUCCACAUUUCUAAAGGACGUUUUGUCUUUUCACUUGGCUCUGGAGGAAAACGAAUCAAAAUCAAAACCAGUAUUAAAUACAACGAUGGGCAAUGGCACACUGUGGUCUUCAGCGUAGAUGGGAAGGAUGUCCGCCUUGUUGUUGAUGGUCUAAGGGCCCAGCACGGAAGAUUAGCAACAAAUUCUGCCAUCAACAUUAAGCCACCAAUCUACGCGGGAGGGCUGCCAUCACUGAAAAGACAGAAUAUACCAAUGAACAGUUUCAAGGGUUGCCUGAGGAAUUUGAAAAUGAAUGGAAAAGUCAUGAAUGCACUUCAGCAAAAAUAUGGUGCACUUCCAUGUCUGGAUGUUCCCAUGGAUACAGGGAUUUACUUCUUUAAUGAAGGGGGCUAUAUCACCAUUGGUAAUUUGCUGACAGGCCUGGAUUUUAGGAUUGUAUUUACCAUUCAGCCAAGGAGUCCAACAGGUGUACUCCUCCAUGCUGGAAGCAAGCAAGACAGCUACUUGACUAUUUACAUGGAAGGAGAAAAGGUCAUUGCUGCUGGAAAUAGUGGUGCUGGAGAAUUCCAGACAUCAGUCACACUUAAGCAACCUCUGUCUGAUGGACAGUGGCAUACUAUUGCAGUCUCUCGGAAGGAGAACAUGGUGCAGCUAGAGGUGGGCACACAGAGUAACUAUACCAGUGGACUUCCACCCUCUCCUCCUAGACGUCUGCAUCAGCCACUCUACUUUGGCAAAAUUCCAGCAAAUUUGGAUGCACUGUGGCUUCCAGUUAAAGACCCAUUUUUUGGCUGUCUUCGGAAUAUUAACAUCAAUGACAAACAUGUGUCCACCAGAAGAAUUUCAGAAGUUCAUGGUGUAGUGAGUUUGCAUGGGUGCCCAGCAAAGUAACUUUGCUGUUCCAGUAGUUUACACACAUCAGGCUGGGUCUGCUGAAGUACUGUGUGAAUUUGUGCAACAUGGAUUCCCUUUUUGCUGAUCACUGUGUCACUAUAAUCAGACUGGUUAUUCAGAACAGCUGGUGAGCAAAUGCAUCCUCUGGAUGUGGACUGUGCCAAAGCAAAUUAAAAGUAUUUGCUUCGAUAAACUCCCUUUUAAAUGUUAUUGAUUUCCAAGGUAAUCCAUUGUGCCUUUUGAAAUAUAUGCAGAAAAUAUUGUAUAUACCCUACUGGGCCAAAUUCUGCUCUCACCUACAACAGCAUAGACUUGAGUAACUCCAGGGUCUUAAUUUUGGAAAUUUGCUUUAAUGCUGGUCAUCUUGAGAGCAAAUUUGAUCCACUAAUAUAAAUAAUUUUAUAAAAAUAUAAAUCUCUGUGGAUUGAUGUUUAUACAGAAAUGUACAUUAAAGUUAAAAGUAAUAAUAAUAAUAUAAAUGGAGUUUGAAGCACUUUAAGGAAUGAAACUCUGGAAGUUUGUUACAAUGCUAGGAAUUCUGGGGCCAAAUAAAUGCAGUACACUCUUAAAACCUCUCAUUUUCUUGUUUGGUUAUUUUAACCUGGUGUUUCUUUUAUGUGCUUUUUACAGGCUGCUAAAUCCUGCUUGCUUUAUGCAGAUAUUUCUGUAGCUUUAAGAAGAUGAUUUGCCUGAAUAAGCAGGAGUCUGUGAUCUCUGCUUAUUAGAAUCUUGUUGUGGUUGGUUGACCUUGGCUGGAUGCCAACCCACUCAGCCACUCUAUCACUCCCUUCAGCAGAGCAGGGGGGAGAAAAGAAGAUGGAAAAAAAAUUGUGGGUCAAGAUAAAGGCAGUUUAAUGAAGCAGUAGCAAAAGUCACACGUGUGGAAGCGAAGGAAAACAAAAGAUGUUACUCUCUACUUCCAAUCAGCAGGCGACGUUUGGCUACUUCCUGGGAAGCAGGGCUUCAGUAUGCAUAGCGGUUGCUCUGGAAGACAAACAUUGUAAACAACAAAUGUCCCCCCCUUCCUCCUCCUUUUUCUUAGCUUUUCUAUCUGAGCAGAUGCCAUAUGAUAUGGAACAUCCCGUUGGUCACUUUGGGAUAGCUGUGCCGGUGACGUCCCCUCCUAAGAUCUUGCCCACCCCCAGCCUAGUGGUGGGGGGAGAUGGAGGAAGGCUGGACAGACAGCCUUGAUGCUGUGCGAGCACUGCUCAGCACUAGUCAGAACACCCGUGUGUUAUCACCGCCAGUCCAGCUACCCAUACAAGCGCAGCACCGCGAGGGCUGCUGUGGGGCUCAGCCAGACCCGAUGCACUGGUUAUAUAAAAACCUCAGAAAGAGAGUAUUUUUUCUUGUGAUCUUCAGAGCCAGAAAGCUUUUUCUGUAGGCUUUGGGUUUUUUUCUGAUUAAACGAAGAGAAGUUAUAUUAGGAACAGCAGUUGCACCUGCUACAGUUACAUAGUGUAAAUUGCAGGACGAAACCAGCAAAACUGUCACCUUUGACAUUCAGAUCUUUAAUUUGUACCUGAUCAUGACCCGUGGUGGUGGGCAGGGUACCAUUUGCUUUAUUCUUCUGAAUACAGGGCUGAACUGAAUAGACUUAACAUAGCUGCUUCUACCACUACCAUUCAGAAGCUGGGUUUUUUAAUAUAAUAGUUGGGUUUUUUCCAUUUCCCAUAUGACAACACUCUUUUGCAAAAUUAAAACAUUUUCUAAGGCGGGUCCUAGGUGGGAGUAGACAUUGAUGCGAACAAACCUUCCUUACCACUUAAUGCAAUGUUUGCUCCCACCUUCUGCUGCCUUCUUGCUCAAGGUGUAGCAGCAUGUCCUCUGUGGGUUUGGAAUGAGGUGUAGCUGGAUUAAUAGAAGAAGCCAGAUUAAUAGCCCAUAUGGCUUUGGUCAUUAACCCCUUAUUCAAAUAUUGGCAGCUUUGCAGGAUGGCAAAAGUGUCAGAAAGGCAUUCACACCAAAUUUUCUGUUGCUUUUUCUUCAUGGCAAUUCUGCUACAGACAAAUCUAUGUCCAUGCAGAGUUUUUUCAUCUGUAGAGCUCUUUUUGGAGGGAAUGGGAUGAAAGCAUACUGGGGUUGAGGCCUCUGAGGGGGCAGAGGAUUGGCACAUAAUGGCAGAGCCCUCCCUCUCCAGGUGCUCUGCAGAAAAAGCUUCUCCUGUAUGGCUGCCUACCACGUGGGACAGAAACACCCAUCAGCCCUGAGGUGAUGGAGUGAGGAAAUCAUCUUUUCAGAUAGCAACAACUGAAUCUUUUCCAUGCGUAAAGCCCCCUGCCUUUGAGGUAGGUUGUCAAAUAUUCAGGUGACCAAAACUGUAGAAAUACUCAGCUGAUUUACUGGCCCUAGUAGGCACUGAAAAUUUCCACAUGGAGAGGAAGAACAGUUAAACUUUAUCAAGCAACUCUCUAGUAACAUUUCAUAUCUCAUGGCCACCAGACUGCUCUCUGAAGAUGUUCCCUAGUCACAAAAAAGCCUUUUCCUUCUUCCCUUUCCCCCUCAGAAAAAGCAGACAUGGCAAAGAUUUUUACAUCACAGCCUGGAGCCGGUCCUGGAUUUCAAUUCCCUUCCAUCUGAUUUGAUUUUAUCAGAAGUAGUUUUAAUGCUGACAAGAAGAAAUGAAAAAUGCAUAAAGACUUGAGUAAAUCUAGUUAUAAUGAUUAUAAAGUAUUCAUUCCAGUACAAUCCUAUGGCAUAACAAAAAGGUAGAAAAGUCUCUCUGGUUUUAGGGAUCCUGGUGGUUAUUUCCCCCUAGUUUCUUGCAGUUGUAUUGCUUCCAUAGAGUCAGGCUGUCACGCAUUGUUGGGACGAUCAAUGAAAGCCAACUAGAGUUUCAGGUUUUGUACUUUAACAUAGAUAAAUCUAUAUCAGGCUGAUAAACACUUAGUAAAAGGGGUUUUGAUCCUGAAGAGCCAGUGGAUAAUCUUUACAUGACAAAAUAAGUUGUCCUGUUUAGAUUAUUCUGAUGAAGAAUCUUAUUACUGAAGAAAUCCACAUGGACACUGAACUGUAUUUCAUGUAUUAUCUGUUCUGUGCUUAGAAUAUUCUGAAUUUUCUCACAUGGGAAACAACUGCUGGAAAACAAGAGCCUGAAUUUUCAAGUGUUACAAGUUAUGAAUGGUAGACGUAAUCUCAAUUGUAAAGAUUCCUUCUCUUCAGGUUCACAAGGAAAGAUCUUUGUUAUAUAUAAUAAAUAAUUCCCCCAAUAUAUUUUUAGCAGACCAGAAGUGACUAAAUCUUGGAGUAAGAUUAAAUGUUAUGAGAAUAAACAGCGAUGUGAGCCUUGGGUAAACACCAUGUCAUGGGGUCUUUCUGUUACAAGUAGUAGUUCCAAGGGUUUCACCACCCAAACGUUGCCAUUUGACAGUAACUUCCAUCAAUUAUUUACCUCUUUCGGCUAUAGUAUUUCAGGUGGACCCCCAAAUCUAUCAGAUCCUGUGUUAGAAUAAAAGUAACUCCCACAGAAGAAACUUGCCUUGUAAUUUUUUAUUCUCUAGUCAUCUUUACGAUUUGCUAUUCAAGCCUUUAUGUAAUACUAAUAUUUUCAAUGGUAAAAACCUCUCAAUUCCACUCAUCCUUUCUGAGCCUGCUUUAUUACUCAUUGCUUGUGUUCAAGGGUACAACGGUAUUACAGCGUAGAUUUUGCUUCAUUCACCUUAAGAUUAGAAGCAAUAACCAAAGAAAUGCACAUGUUAAUGUCUGCUGGCAAGAUUUUGCUAUAUGGUUUGUACCUCUUGAAAUUCAAGCUUCUGAGGAAAGUUUUGAGAAGUUUAAUGAAAAAGGAUCAAAUACAGUGUUCGAUACACUGAGAGCGCAUGGCUAAAAAACUCGUGCUCUUUAACAGUGUGUUUAGAUUGCUGUAACGGCUCGUCAGAGUCCCAAAUCAAUUACAUAAGGAGAGCAGAAGAUUUCCUCUCUAGACUAAACCACAUUGGUAUUGCCAGUGCCAAGUCUGUCUCUUGUCUAUAUUAUAAGUAUCAAGGGCAAAGGGUUCUCCUCCAGUUAAUUUGGAUUAGAUUUAAUAGGAUCAUGUUAUCUGAGGUGGAUGACACCAAGGUCUGUGAGUUCCCAUUUAUUAUAAUUACAAAACGCAGCCAGAUUAAUGGGAGCUGAAAGACAGUUGGGCAGCCUAACACUGAGAACUGCAGGCAAGUAAGUGAAAUAGAUCACAGGGCACU